CCAAAGAGAAGCAUCAGUAUUAGAGAGGGGGAAUUAUAGAGGACAUCAUGAGAGAGACUGUGGAAAAAAUCCAAAAUACCACUCAUGGAUCUGGCUGUUUUGAACACUGCACGCCUCCGGAGCAAAGCAGCACGCCGGUCUGUGCUGCGGGCAGUCGCCUCCUGAGAUUUGGAGCCGUGGCUCUUAUUGUUGGUGCAGUGUUGAUGUUGUGUGCAUCCGUGGCUGCUCUCUACCUGUGGAAAGUCAGCGAUAAAAACGUUUAUAAUGUUCGUUACAGCAUGAACAUCAAUGGGGAGGUGAGGCAGGGCUCCGUGGAAAUUGAUUCAGACAACAACCUGCAGAGAUUUAAAACCGGGAGUGGAGCUGAGGAAGCUGUGGAGAUUCAUGACUUUCAAAUUGGAAUAACCGGAAUCCGCUUCUUUGGAGGAGACAAGUGCUAUAUAAAAUCCCAAAUCAAAGCCAGCCUUCCCCACAUGGGAGCUCACAACAAAGAGUCGCUGAUGUUUGACCUGACAGAUGAAGACAUUCCAGUGAGGUUUGAUGAGAGGUUCGUCAUAUGGGUUUCUGCGGAGCAGCCGAUGAAGGACACCAGCUUUCUGAGUGAUAAAAUUCUGGGUCUUUGCGGGGAACUUCCCAUUUACUGGCUCCAACCAAUCUAUCCUAAAGAUGGGGAGAGGAGAAAGAGAGACGCACAGCGAGCCAAACGGCAGUUUAACAUAGAGGAGUUUGAGGCAGCUGCAGAGGAGAAGGACCCGGUGAGUCACGCAGAAGACGACACCUCCAGAGUCGUGGAGGAAGAGGAGGGGGCGCAGUCUGCUGCGGGGUCAGCAUACAAUCCCGAAAACCCCUAUCAUCGCAGCGGAGCGGCCGGAGAGGAAGGAGCCCUGACCUUUGACACCAUGUUAGACCACCAGGGGAUCUGCUGCUCAGAAUGCCAACGCAGCUACACUCACUGUCAGAGAAUAUGCGAGCCUCUGCGUGGCUACUGGCCCUGGCCCUACAACUACAGAGGAUGCCAGGUAGCUUGCAGAGUCAUUAUGCCCUGUCGCUGGUGGGUGGCACGCAUUUUAGGUGUCGUGUAAGAAAUCACGCUACACUUGUGAGAUAACAUAUCCUCUUCUGUUUUUUCCCCAAAGACCCCUGAGGUCUCUAAACUUUCUGCUUCUACGCAGUUAUUCAUGCAGAUAUUUAUUUCCUGAGUUUGACUGCAAAUACAUUCAGAAAGCUGUUAGCAUGAAAUGCAGAUCAUGAUGUGUGAUUAUCUAUACUAUAAUACCUACACUAUACUAUAGGGCUGCAUGUAUCAUGAUACAGGGGUUACGAUUCAAUAUACUGCAACAUAUAAAUCUGUGUAAAUCUGUUUUUUGUAAAACAUAGUAUAAAAAACAGACCACCAUAUGAACAGUGGGAUCUGCACUUGCAUUUAUCAGUCCCUGCAACAUUCAACAUCAUAGCACUACUUUUUGUGGAAUCAGAGCAAAAGAAUUUCAACCAGCUUUGUAUCAUAACAAUGUGGGAACUGAGUGUCUGAGUAUCUUACCAGUGCCCAGAUAGCAAAUUUGCGAAUCCUAGGAUGGUGAAGGAAUGACCUGCCCUACUCUCCCUAUGACUGGCUAGUACUUGUUGCCUUUGGUGGUUGGAUUUGUUACAUUUAGGCAAUAGAAGUGGGAUUGGUAAAGGUUAGGGGAAGAAUGUCAGGGUAAGGCAGAGUAAGGUGGGCCAUUCCUUCACCAUCUUAUUCGCAAAUUCGCACCCAGAUCUCCGUGCUCCUCUCCACGUUGCUAGCUGGAACCAAAAUAAUACAGAUUGUACUUCCGUUUUUGGGAGUUUUAUAUGCCAGUGAAUACAUCCAUGGCCACCACAGACACAAAGAGUAUAGAAGUGGAUCAAGAGAGACACCCACUUGUUACUCUGAAACUCAGACCAAAUGGUAAAACUAAGCAGCAAAUAUCAACCAAAAUUCAGUUGCUGUGUUGUCUAUUUUUCGCUUAAAAUAUCCUCAGAAACAUCUUUCAGUGGAAUGUUUGGCUGUUAUGUAAGAAUAUGUGAUCAGGAAGUGGCCACCAUACUGUUUCCUGUAUUGAUCAAACAGUAAAACUAAGCAGUGUUGAUAAAAUAUGAACCAAGAUUCGGUUACUGUGUUGCCUAUUUCUCAGCUAAAAUGUUUUCAGAAACAUAUUUAACCUACUGUUUAACUGAUAUUUGAGAUUAUUUGUUCCCUGCUGCCCACCAUAUCGUUUCCUAGGGAAAAACAUCACCCACCAGCGGUAGCAAUUAUAGAGAGUCUGCCAGGAAUGAGUCCUAAAACCCAGAAAUGAGUUCGCAGUAUACUACUCCUAGUUCCCUGCUCUCAAAGUUAUUUUUUGUGUAUGGGUUUUUGGUUGGAUGCUCGAUAGGGAACCAAUGCAAUGCUCACUUCCGCAUCAGCCUACAGAAAAACAUCAUCCCUGGUGGACUCUAUUUGUCGCCCGUGGGUGCAGUGCAUUCUGGUAAUCAUAGGUUUUCUACCUCUUGAGCAAAAGCAAAUGCCAUAUUCCUUUUCCUCAGUUUUCUCUGGUCGCACGCACCAAUUUCAAAGGAACUUGCAUCUUUCUACUGCAUAGAAAGCCUUUUUUUUUAAAAGACCGUCUUUCCAGUAGUAAAAUAUUGCUUUAACAUUUGCCUACAUUAGUAAAAUAUAAAUAAAUGAAUGUAUUAAAGUGCUUGCAGGAUGCUUAAGCUAAAGAUAUUAAGGAACUAAAAAACUGUAGCAAUUAAAAAUUGAUAGUGUUUUUCAGAUGUGAUAUACAGUAGUAUUUCAAAAUAUAAUGUCCUGAUAUUCAAGUUUAUCAAUAUUUUCUUACACCCCUAGUAUACUAUGGAUAUUAUACUAUAAUUCUCAUCCAGAUGAAAUAUUUAACAGGUUAUUUCCCUUUGUAGGAUACUUCUUUACAUACAGUAGACCUGGAAUACAUAAAUGCCAUUUUCCUAUUUGCAGCAACAGACUCACAAAUGAGCACAUUCAUUUUUGCAUCAUGUAAUACCAAAGCUUAAUGCGCUGUACUAUGUUUAAUGGAAGGUAUGGGACUGAAU